CAGGGGACAGCGGCUUCCUCCGAGUGAACAUAAUGUAUGAAGGCGAUGCCUGAGUAGCACAUCCUAGCCACCUAAUAUUGCCAGUUCCUCAGUGUGAGACGGCAGCGUCUGCGGUGGUGGUGUCUGUGGUCGUCACGGUGUUAUGUGUCAUCAGUGAAACCGAGUGACUCUCUGGACACUGGUGGGGCCGAGUGACUAUCUGGCGCAGCAGUGUGUUGUUAUCAGACCAGUGACGCGGCGUAAGGAGAAAAAAAGCUGUGCCCGCUUGUUGUGAAGCAGCGUCAUUGGCGACUUUGCUUAGUCGAUUAUCAAGCGUGCGUCGACGAUUCCCUCAGUCCGGAUGGAAUGAAGCCCCGUAAGGUCAGGUUUCCUCCCUGGCGGGGUUGUGGUGGCCUGUGUGGAGGGAGGAGCUUGAGCCUUGUUAUGCACACCCGCCCUCCCUCUGGCCUUCCCUCUCGGCCACUAUCACGCCACAACGCCAGGCUCAGCCCCUGCUUCUGUCAGCCUGUCUAAACCACUCCCAAGACUCUGCGGUGCGCGAAGCUGAGGCCCGGACAUGCAUCAGUGUUGUUCCGUGAAUAACCAAAGGAUAACCACAUACAUAAAAUAAUCUGGUGCGAAAAUGCGCGUGUGGGAGGUAGCAGCGGCGGUGGCGGGCUUCCUGGUGCUGAACGUGAAGGCGCUGGUGCUCGUGGCCCUCGACCUAUUCCGCCUGCUGGUGCCGCCCGAGGAGAAGUCAUUCGCCGCCCAACUCGUCCUGGUGACCGGCGCGGGACAGAACCUGGGGCGUGAGCUGGCCCUGCAGAUGUCCCGCCUCGGGGCCAAACUCAUCCUUCUUGACAUCAAUGAGAAACACAACCUCGCCACGGCAGAGCUGGUGAAGACCGAGGGCGGCGAGGCCCACGCGUACCACUGUGACGUGUCCGACCAAGAAGCCGUGGCCGCUGUGGCCGCCAGGAUCCGGCGCGAGGUGGGCCACCCGCGCUACGUGUUCAGCAACGCGGGCACCUACGAGCACAAGCCGUUCCUGAGCCACUCCAAGGAGGACAUUCUGAGGCUGGUCAACGUGAACCUCCUGGGCACCAUGUGGGUGGCGCGGGAGUUCCUCGGUCACAUGGUGAAGCACAACAGCGGCCACCUGGUGUGCAUCUCCUCCGUGCUCGGCUACAUGGGCCGCCAGAACGUGGUGCCCUACUGCGCCUCGAAGUUUGGGGUUAAAGGCUUGACGGAGGCCCUGGCGGAGGAGAUGAGGAUGGAGCGGCGGUCCGGCGUGCGGGUGACGGCGGUUCAUCCCUUCCUCAUCUCGAACGUAUCUGACGUCAAGCCAAACCUACGGUUCCCGUGGCUGUUUGAAGUGCUGGAGACGAGCGACGCGGCGGCCAGGAUCAUCAGGGGCGUCAGGAGAAACCAGGAGGAGAUCUUCCUGCCCGAGAAACUCAAACCCUUCAUGGUGUUCUCCAAAGUCUUGCCAAGAAAGCUCCGUCGCCUCUUCGGAGACUACAUGGAGUCGUAGUGUGUUGACACACAAGCAAUGACUAAAAAACCAACGCCUGCCUGGAAAGGGAUUUGUUACCAAAUAAUACUUUGCAUGCAUUAC